AUGUCAGUUAUAUUUGAGAUUCCCAAUAUGAGCACAUUAAAACUUUUAGCGCUGUGUGUAGUACUACUGGCCACAGUUUUUGAUUUUGCUCUGUCCGAACCGAAAAGGUAUCGCGUAGUACAUACUGGAUCAACUUUCUACAUUGAAACGGAACAAAAGUACAAUUGGUUCCAAGCUUUACAUGAAUGUGCUCGUCGUGGUUAUAAAUUGGCCGAAUUGCAAGACAAACAAAAAACUUUGGAUCUGGAGCUAGUUAUGCAAUCUUAUCUGGAUAAGCCUUUCAAUUUAUGGUUGGGUGCUAAUGACGAAUUCAACUCUAAGCAGGACUACAAAAGGCCAUUCUAUUGGUCAUUCUCUGGAAAACGAAUGACAUACUCCAAAUGGUCCCGCGACAAUCCAGACAACUAUAAGAACAAUGAGCACUGUGUUCAUAUAUGGACUGAAAGAGAACGGUUUGCUUGGAAUGAUUUGGACUGCACCAAAAAACUGGGCUACGUUUGUGAGGACAAACCCUCAAAAGUCAGCAGUUGAAUAUAUUCAAUGAAAACAACAGUUCAUUAAAUGUUUCAAGAUUAUUAC